GGAAAGAGAUGUGGGGCUCUUUUAUGAGGGAGGCAUCUUUGUCAAGAUUUUAUGUAUCUUGUCCUCUAAACAUGUGGUUUGUAUGUGCAAUGUUUUUCACUCUUGCUGUAGCUAAAACUUAGGGGUAGCUUCGAAAGAUGCAAUUUCUCCAUCUGUGUAUACAUUUCAUUAAUAAGAAUUUUCAUCUCAGACUUGAACAAUUUGCCAUUGACAGAAUUCGUUAAGUUAGCUAUUUCCAUUGACAAAACCAAUUGAUGGCGUUGGUUACCUGGGCUAAGAAGGAGCUUUCUAGACUCAAACUCCAAAAUAAGCCUAAGAGAUUGACAUUUCCUCAAACUUCCACUUCCACCAAAUGUUUGCCACUUCCUCUGAUCCAGGAAGUGGUGUUAGAUGCAGAUCUAAGAUGUGCCAACUGCCAAAACAGAAUUUCUAGAGUAAUUUCAAAUGUUGAAGAUGUGGAGUCUAUCGUGGUGCACGUACUAGAGAAGAAGGAGUAAUUACUUCCUGUUGAUAAACGAAGAAUCAACGAUUUGUUGGGUUCCAAAGAAUCAGGCGCCAUGGAAACUUAUAAAUGCAAAUCAUGAUGGUAAUAAAUUAGAUGGAAAAAAAACUAUAAUAAAAAAACAUAAUAUUAUUAUAUGAUUUGGCCAAGCGACCUAUAUAUUAUAAAACUAAUAUUGAAAAAGUAUAAACAUGUUGGGAGAAAAUC